AUGGCGGCGGAGGGAGGAGGGAAGGAGAUGAACGAGAUUAAGACCCAGUUCACCACCCGGGAGGGGCUGUACAAGCUGCUGAGCCACUCGGAGUACAGCCGGCCUAACCGGGUGCCCUUCAACUCGCAGGGCUCCAACCCGGUCCGCGUUUCCUUCGUCAACGUCAACGACCAGAGCGGCAACGGGGACCGGCUCUGCUUCAAUGUGGGCCGGGAGCUCUACUUCUACAUCUACAAGGGGGUCCGCAAGGCUGCGGACUUGAGUAAACCAAUAGACAAAAGGAUAUACAAAGGAACACAACCUACUUGCCAUGACUUCAAUCACUUAACAGCCACAGCAGAAAGUGUGUCUCUUCUAGUGGGCUUCUCUGCAGGCCAGGUCCAACUUAUAGACCCUAUUAAAAAAGAAACUAGCAAAUUAUUUAAUGAGGAAAGACUAAUAGACAAGUCGAGAGUAACCUGUGUAAAAUGGGUACCAGGUUCGGAAAGCCUUUUCCUAGUAGCUCAUUCCAGUGGCAAUAUGUACUUGUAUAAUGUGGAGCACACUUGUGGUACCACAGCCCCGCACUACCAGCUACUUAAACAAGGAGAAAGUUUUGCAGUUCACACUUGCAAGAGUAAAUCCACAAGAAACCCUCUGCUUAAAUGGACAGUAGGUGAGGGUGCCCUGAAUGAAUUUGCCUUUUCCCCAGAUGGGAAGUUCUUGGCGUGUGUGAGCCAGGAUGGUUUUCUUCGUGUGUUUAACUUUGAUUCAGUGGAAUUGCAUGGUACAAUGAAAAGCUACUUUGGAGGACUGCUCUGUGUGUGUUGGAGUCCUGAUGGGAAAUACAUAGUGACAGGUGGAGAGGAUGACUUGGUAACAGUUUGGUCUUUUGUGGACUGUCGAGUAAUAGCGAGAGGCCAUGGACAUAAAUCGUGGGUCAGUGUUGUUGCGUUUGAUCCAUAUACCACUAGUGUAGAAGAGAGUGACCCGAUGGAAUUUAGCGGAAGUGAUGAGGAUUUCCAAGACCUUCAUUUUGGCAGAGAUCGAGCAAAUAGUACGCAAUCUAGGCUAUCCAAAAGGAACUCUACAGACAGUCGUCCAGUAAGUGUUACAUAUAGAUUUGGUUCAGUAGGCCAGGACACACAGCUCUGUUUGUGGGAUCUUACAGAAGAUAUCCUCUUCCCCCACCAACCUCUCUCAAGAGCAAGGACACAUACAAAUGUCAUGAAUGCCACAAGUCCACCUGCUGGAAGUGGUGGAACUAACCCAGGAAGUAAUGGAAACAGUAUCACAACACCUGGAAACUCUGUACCCCCUCCUCUUCCACGGUCAAACAGCCUUCCACACUCUGCAGUCUCAAAUGCUGGCAGUAAAAGCAGUGUCAUGGAUGGUGCCAUUGCUUCUGGCGUUAGUAAAUUUGCAACCUUAUCGCUACAUGAUCGGAAGGAAAGACACCAUGAAAAAGAUCACAAGAGAAAUCAUAGCAUGGGACAUAUAUCUAGCAAGAGCAGUGACAAACUGAACCUAGUUACUAAAACCAAAACGGACCCAGCUAAAACUUUGGGAACACCUCUCUGUCCCCGAAUGGAAGAUGUUCCCUUGUUAGAGCCUCUUAUCUGUAAAAAGAUAGCACAUGAAAGACUGACUGUGUUAAUUUUUCUUGAAGACUGUAUAGUCACUGCUUGUCAGGAGGGAUUUAUUUGCACAUGGGCAAGGCCUGGUAAAGUGGGUUUAUUGUCAUCCCAAAACCAGGCCAAUUCUCCAAGUGGAACUGUAGUAUAGCCAUCACACUACUGCUAGCAAAUCUCUGAACGCAGGACAAGAAGUAAUGACAGUGGAACCAGGAGCUGUUCUUCAGGCAAAGAGCAUCACAAAUUAUAAUGUGGCAGAGUGUAAACAUGGAAUUAUGUGAAUCACAUAGUAAUCUGCAAAGGAAUAAUGUAAUGAGUUCUUAUUACAGCUAAUACUGCUAGGCUGCUCACCCAAGGAAGAGUUUUCAUUUAAAAAAAAAAAAAAGCUUCCUUUGGUGCUGCAGGAAAAAAAUAGUAACAUUUUUGGUUUUCUUUAUACUUUUCAAGUCCAGUGUAAUUUAAUCUCUCUCUAUAAAUAUAUAAAUAAAAGAUACAUAUAUAUAGUGUAAAAUAAA